AUGGCCAAGUCUUUUUUUCACGAUAUCGAGCCUGUCCCUGUGGAUGAAAUUAUUCGACUGUUGGAUCAAUUUAAUUCCGACACAUCGCCGAAUAAAAUGGAUCUUGGAAUGGGAGCCAACCAUACAAACAUUGCUGGAGAGGUUGGUUUCACUGACAGAAGAGAAUAUCGUUAUUACAAUAAAGAGACUCGUGGAUUAGAUCUCAAUGGAAUGCUGGAGGACUUGCAGAAUGCUCCAGAAGGCUCAGUUAUAAUCCUACAUGGUUGUGGACAAAACCCCACUGGAGUUGAUCCAUCAGCGGAAGAGUGGGUAAAAAUUGCCGAGGUUGUGAAGGUCAAACAUCUCUUCCCUCUACUGGAUUAUGCUUAUCUUGGCCUCAUUUCUGGAGAUAUCGAUGAAGAUGCCUUUGUUGUACGAUACUUUGUCUCGCAAGGAAUUGAAUUAGCAGUGUCACAAUCAUUUGCCAAAAACUUUGGUUUAUAUUCCUCGAGAAUUGGUUGCGCGUUUUUGGUGGCGAAUUCCUCGGAAUAUGUCAAUACCAUACGAAGUCAGUUGAAAGCGAUCAUUCGUCCAAUGUGGUCCAACCCUCCCGUGCAAGGCGCACGUAUUGUUACGACUGUGUUGAACAAUCCUGCCUUGCUGACCGAAUGGAAAGAGUGUGUGGCGUCCAUGUCAAAACGGAUCAAGUCUGCUCGUGAGAGUCUCUUCCAAAAAAUGCGCGAGCUGGGAACUCCUGGAAACUGGGAUCACAUCGUAAAACAUUGUGGCAUGUUCACCUUCACUGGAUUGUCUCCAAAACAAGUCAAGUAUUUAUUGGAGAAGUAUCAUAUAUAUGCUAUGGGAAAUGGUCGUAUUAACAUGUGCUCCGUUACCACGAGUAAUGUCGAGUACUUGGCGAAAGGAAUUGACGACGCUGUUCGUAAUAUAAAAGAAUGAGUGAGCUUGCAAACUUAAAAUAAAUUUUAAUAAAAAAUAGCUAUGAUAUAUUCUAAUUACUUGAAAGGCGUUACUAAAGAAAUAUUGUAAUCUUAAUUUAUCUUAUAUUGCUUCAUCUUAUGAAAUGAGUGACAUAUUUAUCAAGCUUAUGUAUUAACGGACAUUUUAACUAUAUUGCUUAUUGUGACAGUGUCUAAAAAUUAAAAAAAUAUUAAAGUGUUUUAUUCUUAUUUCUCUAAA